AUGUAUAUAUGAUGAAUGUGUUCAGUCAGUGUUUGAUCUGUUCUGGUCUCCAGGGACCUGAGGCCGGUCUGGAGAAUCCUCCGGAACCCGAGACCAGCAGCGCUGCCCAGCCACAGAGGAAGCGCUCGAACCGACCCGACACGUCUCUGGUUCUGCUGACUCAUGGUUUCCUGGAGCUGCUGCUGGCGGCGCCCGGCGGCUCUCUGGACCUGCGGAUGGUCGCCGCCAGCCUGAAGAUCCGCAAGCGCCGCGUGUACGACAUCACCAACAUCCUGGACGGCGUCAAGCUCAUCCAGAAGGAGUCGACCAACAGGGUCAAGUGGAUAGGGAAGGUUCCCAUCUCCAGCUUCCUGAGGAAGAACCAGCAGCGGUUCCAGAAGGAGCUGGAGAACCUGAAGCUGGUGGAGGACACGUUGGACGGCCUCAUCAAGAGCUGCGCUCAGCAACUCUUCGACAUGACCGACGACCCGGAGACCUCUGCGUCAGCCUACGUGACCCUGGAGGACGUGGGCCGGCUCCGGGUUCUGCAGGAGAAGACGCUGCUCGUCAUCAAAGCUCCGGAGGAAACCAAGCUGGAGAUUCCUGCGCCCAAAGAGGACAGUAUCCAGGUCCACCUGAAGGCCGGGAAGGGUCCCAUCACCGUGGUGACCCGUGAGAUGGAAUCAAUGGACGCCAUGACCUCUGACCCCGGGCGGACGGGAAGCGGCUUCUUCUUAACGCUGGAGGAGAGUCGGGUCAGGACGAGCACUCUGCACAGAGUGUCUUGAGCCUCGUGCAGAGCGAGCGGCCAGCCACCAGAGGGCGCCAGCUGUCCUCAGGGUUCAGUCACACAGGAACCGGAGGAGAUCCGGUUACCGUGGUGACAACAGGAUUCAAACCCACAGGAGAGGGAAGAUUCCUGAUUCCAAACUGAAGCUGAUCACUGUAUCUUACUGUAUCAUCAUACUCUAUUACUGUAUCAUACUCUAUUACUGUAUCAUAGUUUAUUACUGUAUCAUAUUGUACAUGAUUGUUUUAUUUGUGACUGCUGUUAGUAAUAAA